AUGGCUCGUCGCGUCAGCAUCCUCCUCGUCUUCGCUGUUGCCUCCCUUUUCCUGGCUGGCACUUUCAUCUACCAGGCCCCCAGCAGGCCUUCCACAACGUUCGGCACCGACACAAAUUUCCAAUCUGCGACAGGGGAACGUAUACUAGCCGAGAAGCGUCCCUUGAGGAUAGCCUUCGUUGAGACUGGCGGUUCACACGAUGAAGUCCUCGCUGCUCUUGUCAAUUCUUGGGGUAAACUCCCUGGUGCCGAACUCACUUUCUUCCAACGCCUGUCUCGUUAUGGAUCCCACGAUAUUAUGAGGACCUUUGAUCUUUCGAAUCCAAUCCCUGAUCACCGUGGUAUGGAUGACUUUCGACGGGCUGACGAGAACCAGCCCGUUCCGGAUAUCGUCGUUGCCACCACUUGCGAGUUCGACAUGAGAAAGUACCAAGAGAACAUGACUGUACUCCUUGAGAAUCACAAAACGUAUUUGUUCUGUGUUAUUCAUCACGCUGAUCGAUGGGGAUACGAGAAGCAUCAUUUGGAGGAAGCACUUACUCCAUGGGUUAGAGCUAACCGAGCUGAGUUUUUGGCUUUGAGCCCUCAUACUGCUGAAUUCUUGCUUGAGCAAAGUUUGAAGAAGUGGAAGGUUGUAAAAGAGGAAGGCCAUCAACCACUCGUCAGGCAUUUCGUCCCUGUCUUCCCUGUUCAACUACCCCCAAUCCCGACAGAUGAUAGUAAUCUUAGCUUCGGUCUGCAAGGAGACUUUGGACAGGAGCGGAGAGACUACAAAAUGGUCUUCCGAAGGCUUGGAGAAUUCUUGAAACCUGCAUCCGCUAAACCACUGCCGCCAUCGUCACCUCAGGGUCCGGCAGUACCUGCCAAGCGUGACGAAUCUGAAGAUGAGGAAUCUCAGACUAAGAUUGAAACGCAGCCAAGGAACAUUACUCUCCACCUCGUUGGUCACGGAAGGCACCCACCUGUCCCAGCUGAGGUUGUUAAUAACGUUGUUUUCGACGAAGGCCUCAACUAUAUCGACUUCUACACGAUCUUGUCUCGAUGCUUCGCUCUCUUGCCGGCCUUCGCUACCCCUGAAUAUCUCGACCGAAAGGCUUCAUCGACCGUUCCUGCUAGUCUGAUCGCCGGUACCCCAUUGGUUGCCACCAAGGCUAUCAUCAGUGCUUACGCCUACCUCACUGAAGAAGCUGUUUGGCUACAGGAUGAAUCUGAAACCGAUUUCGAUGUCAUCGGACGGGUUCUUAGGAUGAGCAACGAGGAUAGGAAGGCGAAAUCCACGAAGGUCAGGGAACUCCGACAGCAGAUCAUCGACGAGAACAUCAACCUAGCCAGAAAAUGGACUUUGGAGGCUUUCAAGAAGAUUGGUGUCAGAACCUACUCGUGA